ACCAGACUAUUUUGCAUAUGUAUGAAUGUGAUACUGGUUGAGACGUAGUGAUUAUUUUCAGGAUUAUUCUUGUAAUAUGAACGAAAAUGGAAUACCAAAACGAUCCUUUGCAAAUCAUCUUGCCUCUAGAUCGGCCGCCAAAGUUAGAGAAUGCGUAUCUGUUGCGGUUCGUGAAUCUAUGGGACAGAUUGUUCUGAGUUGCGGAGCCGUACGUUCUAAAAGUUUACGCGUGUUAUAAGCUAAACUGAAAAAACUACUGAAAAACAAUGACAAAGGAUAAGAAAGAGAAAAGAGUAGAGGAAAGAAAGGAAUCGAUUGAGGAUAUUAAUUUAGAAUAUUACGAAUUUCCAACCGGAAGACAAUGUCCUUCUCCCGUAAACUAUGAACAAUUGGUCAGUAAAAAUAAACAAAGCAUUCAAUGCGAUGGGAGUCGAGAUAUGCUUCAAUUUCCCUCUGACGACAUAUGCAACUCUGACGUCGAACGCCGAAUUAGAACGAUUAAACAUUCCUAUACUGAUAGCUUAGAUGCCUCCUCCCUUAUAGUUAGAGAAUCGAUAAAGAAUUAUAGGGAGGCUCAUCGAGUCGUUCACUUUAAAUACUCUUCAUACGGGGAUUCUUAUUUAAAACUUCCGAGAAGGGGUACUAACGAUGGAGAAAUCUCUAAAGAAGUGUUUGAAUGCGAUAUUGAAGAGAAACGUAGAAUACACGUUAAUGGCGACACAGAAUCAAUAGCCGAAUUAAAAAGGGGAUGGUUGUUUGUUAGGGAAGAGACGGGCAUUUUUACGAAACCUGGUAAACGUCGAUACGUUAUUCUGAAACGGUAUGCUGACGGUAGUCAUGUUCUACUCUUCCACAAGGAUCCUAAAUGCAUUGAAAGUCAAAAGCUACAAAUUAAUCUUGAUAGUUCGUUCACUGUUAAUUAUAAUGAUAAAAGGACAUUUUGUAUCAAAUCUGAGAAGGAUAAGUCUCACCUACUCAGUGCAGACAACGAUUUAGAAACUAGCGAUUGGCUAAGCCAAUUGGAAAGAAUUAGAGAUAAGCGCAAUCGUAGUCCUACGAUGAGUUGUAAAAGUUCUUCUUCGUCUUCCUCCUUCAGUAGUAACUUUGAUAGCGUUGAUAGUAAUUAUUCGCCAGAGCUACAAAACUAUAUUAAAGAGACUGAUACUUCUUUGGCCAUAAAGCGUAAGGAAAAUAGACGUGCUCUGUUUUCAUUAGUAGAUAUGGCAGAUAAAGAGGCAACCAAAAUUCCCGAAGGGGUUAUGUUUAAUGAACAAUUUGGCAAGCGAUUUGUCGUUAAAUUUCACGAUGUAAAAAUAAGACUGCAGGCAACUUUGGUGGAUAACCAGAAAAUUAAUCCAGAACCUUAUUUUCUCUCAUUUGCUUUGUACGAUGUUAAUAAGAAAAUGAAAAUUUCUGAAGACUUUCACGUGGAAUUAAAUGACGAGAAUCAAUCUAAAUUAAUCGAAAUUGAAGACUUGUCAAAUGAACCACCCAUUGUUAGACAUGAUCGAGUGAACGUUAAAGCCUUUAAAAAGGGGAAAACUGCAAUAUUUAGCCUUUCGGAACCUCGCCCAAACAUAGUUCUAAUUGGCCGUAUUGAUAAGAUUCUCACUUCAGAGGGGGUUUCGGGUGGAUGGGCACCUUACAUCAUUACUCCUUCGGAAAAGGAAGGAAAUAAGAGAUAUGAAAUCGUAAAACAAUCCGCGGCCAGACUGUCUAAAUACAGACAGCCUUUAGCAUUCACCUUUCGUUCACUUUUUAUGCCGGGUACCACAAAAUUAGACCCUAAUGCCUUCUUCUAUUCUUACGUUUACAAAAGUGAAACCAAGAUAUCGGAUGAAGAUCUGCUAGACCUAUUAAAUGAAACCAAGCAACCGCCAGUAUCUCCAUUCCUUUGCGAUUUUACGGUGACCGUUGAAGAAUUUGAAAGGAUGCCACCGAACACUCUAACAAGAUCCCUUCUUCCAAUUAGAGAUAAUUACUCGGCGGAACAGUCCCCUAAUAGCGAAUCUUCUUUGGAAAUUCACGAAUUUAUACCAAAUGAAAGCGUCCAUACUUCACCCUUUACUGUCUACGUAAAUCAAUUGUUUGUCUAUCCUAAAGCCCUCAAGUACGAAUCUCAAAAGAUGUACAGUAGGGCUAGGAACAUCCUGUGCACAAUGGAGCUAAUUGAGUAUCAGCCCAAAGAAAAACGUUGGAAAACUUUGAGAGCCAUUUACGCAAAACCUUAUGAAAAGGAGAUACUAUCAACAACAGCUAGAACUUCCGUUAUACACCACAAUGCAAAUCCCGAGUGGUAUGACGAAUUUAAGAUUGAACUACCAACCCAAUUAAAACAGGAUCACUAUAUUCUGUUUGCUUUUAAGCAUGUUAAUUGCAAACCUCCACCACCAUCAAAAACCAAGAAAGACAAGCAGGAUAUUGAAAACAACGUAGGAUACGCGCUCUUACCUCUAUUUACAGAUGGUAAAGUAGCCACAGGUGAUAUACGAUUGCCCGUUAUGGCAAAUUGGAAUCCCCAGCUAAGUCCAAGUAGUCUUCACAAGAGUUCAAACGAUAUUCGCUACGUUGACAAUCAAGGCAAAGAGUUAUUUAAAGUGAAAGUCGUAUUAGCAAGUACGGUUUAUGCCGAUUGCGAUCAUAUUACGAAAUUCUUUGAAAGUUGCGAAAAAUAUAAGAAUACCAGUCAAGAUGAGAAAGAUAUUAUCAACAAAAUAAAAGUAGAGGAAGAAAAGCAUAAUAUUCCUACUAGAGGUUCACGUCUAAUUCCAUCUGCUCAUAAAUUACAUCGGCCAAAACAAGUUGCACCGAAAUGCGAUGAUAGAAUAGUUGUAGACUCCAUUAAGGCUUUACCAGGCGCCAAAUAUCCUGAUAUCAUUAAUUUCUUUACAAUUAUUUGUAAUCAACUCUUCUCUUUAUUGCGAUCGAAUCCUUCGCAAAGUAUAGCCAGUAAUAUUGUCAAGACCUUGACCUUGAUCGUUGUGAGAUUUCAUAAAGAUGAAAAAUCAAAUAUUCUCCAUUCAUACGUUCAGUACGAUUUUCAAGUUCAAGCGGAAAAUAAGCAAAAUACGAUUCAUGAACCAUUGGCAAAAUUUUUGAGUGAACUUUUAGAAAAUGAGGAUGUUGCUCUUAGCUUCCAUUUGGAUGCAUUCAUGUCGCAUUGCAAUUUCUUCUUUGAUAUUCUUAUUAAGAGUAUGGCUCACUUCCUUAUAUAUUCUAAUAGAAUCAAAAUGUCUCGAACUGAAAGAUUUCAAUUAAAGGGUCCUUAUAAUUUUGACGAAUGUAUUCAAAAUCUUUUACUACACUUAACGGAACACAUAAUUAAAUGUGUACAAAGGAACGACCCGAUCAAGAGAAAUUCAGCUUUUUCAGCAAACUCUCACAUGGCACAUUUCGUAAAAAGAUGCUUCUCUCUAAUCGAUAGAGGACUCGUUUUUCAAUUGGUUAAAAGAUAUAUCGAUACAUUACAUAGCAAAAGUCUAAGUGCUCACGAAGCUAAAAUAAUUAAUGAGUUUAAACUAAAUUUUUUGGAAAUAAUAUGCUCUCACGAGCACUUUGUUGCAUUGAAUUUACCCAUGAUGCAGAGAUUUGUUAGAGAUCACGCUGGCAAAGAUAUGGUGACUUUUGAUGUUACGGCAGAGGAUUUACAUAAUGAUUACUCUUUAUCCGAGUCGUUCUGCAAAAAUCAUUUUCUAGUCGGUCUUUUACUGCAAGAAGUCAGAUCUUCCUUUAAUGCUCCUAGGGAAAUACGUCAGAAAGCAAUAAGAAUUUUAAGAAAUCUUGUUGCUAAACACGAAUUUGAUGAUCGAUAUUUAAAAAUUGGUCGAAAGGAGCGUAUUACUUCUUUAUAUUUACCCCUUAUUUCAAUGAUAUUGGAAUGUAGGAAUCGCUUAGCUGCAUCUACCUUUCCAGAUGAAAUUGGUCCGCUUUCUGUUCAGAAUGUUGGCAAAUUAAUGAAACAUUCCUCCAGGGCUAGUUUGGAUACCAGUUCCACUUAUAUCUCCAAAUCGCCCAAUCCUAAACUAGAUCAGGGAGUUUUAUCAAUCAUAUCCAAAGUUCAAACCCCUUCCUCUCAGCUCAAUGGAUCCCAAACAAGCUUAACAAGUAAUGAUAAUGAUACAGUGUGCGGAAGUGAUUCAAAUACUAUUGUUUCUGUCUCUAGCGGAGCAAAAUUUGAGUCUAUGGAAACUAAGGACUUAUUAUUAUCUUUUCUAUUUGUUGUACGAUACGCUGAACAGCAAGUCCUACUUGGAUGGAUUCGCGCAUCGUCCGAAAGAGAUAGAUUGGAGUUUCUAUAUAUUCUGGAGCUAUGUUUGUGCCAUUUCCGUUAUAAAGGUCAACAACGUUUUAAUUCACUUUACCAAAUAUCGGAUUCCUCCUCUGUCUUUAACUCGAAAUACAAUAGUACCGAUAGUUCUUCCUCAGUAUAUCAGGCUAUUUCUCAAGCUCAACGAGAUGCUAGUUUGUUCACAGAAGUUUGUAGCAUUGUCUUGGAUGUUGUUUGUCUAAUAUUAUCCAAGGCGGCGAAUGAUAUAAAUACCUUGAACUUGAUUAAUGCAGCCAUAGGAUUAAAAGUUUAUCUCCUUCGUUACGGGUCAGAAAGAUUACGGAAACAUGUUUUCGCUUCAUUAAGAAGUUUUACCAGUAAAUUUUCAUCAUUCCUCUAUUUGGGAGAUGCUAAUUUGUGCGGUAAACUCUGCUAUGAGGUACUCAGAUGUUGUACAAGUCCUUUAGAAUCGACAAGAAAGGAGGCUUCAGCUUUAAUGUACUUAUUAAUGAGAAAUAACUUCUAUUCAACGAAUCGUGGCAACAUGAAAAGGGUUUUUUUAAAAACCAUCACAGCCGAAGCUAGUCUAAUAUCUCAAAUGCCUAACGAAAUGUUAGAUACAGGAUUUAAGAAAUGCCUACAAAUUAUAGACAGUUACGCUAAAUCGGAUUCAGCCGUUAAGAAUUCAUCCUUUCCCAGUGAGGUAAAAAAGUUAACGACUACUUUGGCAACUGUACUCGAAAAUACAACGUGCUUAAAGGAACAUAAAAAAGACCCUGAAAAAUACGCUGAUUUAAUGUAUGAAAUUGCGAUGCAUUAUGAAUCUACACCAGAAUUACGUUAUACAUGGAUUGAAAAUAUGGCCAAGUUUCAUGCGAAGGUUUUGAAUCAUUCCGAGGCUGCUCAAUGCCAUUUACAUAAUGCCGCUUUAGUUGCCGAAUUCUUAAAUCGACGUGGUAAGAAACCUAAAAAGAAUAUUGUAUAUUUUACAUAUUUAAGGCAUUUUAUUGUUAAUUAAAUAAUUAAAAAUAUGUAUAAAUAAAGUAAGGUAGAAAAUGUUUAUUACCUCUUUUUCUGACUUUCCCUCCUUUUUCACGGUAUUAACAGGAUUAAAUAAGCGUAAGUUUGAAAGUUUUGUGCAUGAUUUAUUGUGUAUCCUUAACAGAUUUCAUUCAAUACGUUUUUAUUAUUAUUAC